CUAUUCAAAGCGCCAUCUAUUUGUAUCGUUACUUCAAAAUGUUAGCGGUUGUUGUUGUUGAGUUUUAAAAGGAGAGAAAAUGCAAACAAAAGUAAUCCUUUUUUCAUAAAAUUCAAUCAUGAUACCUAUGUUUCUACUUUUUAUGAUUCUGUUGGUACUUUUUGCAUCGUCAGCGUUUAAUUUUAUAGCUAAAUAUUUUUAUUCACAUUGUAAAUUAGUUUUUGGUACACUUUAUCCAGCAUAUUCAUCUUAUAAGGCAAUUAAAAAGAAAGAUGCCCGAGAACAUUCAAGAUGGAUGAUGUACUGGGUUUGUUAUGGUAUCUUCAAUGCAACUGAAUUUUUUUCAGAUAUAUUGAUUGCCUUCUGGUUUCCUUUUUACUACGAGUUUAAAAUUUUCUUUAUAUUAUGGUUAAUGUCUCCUUAUGGCAAUGGUGCCAAAGUAUUUUACAAAACUGUUAUCCACCCUGAGCUUAAUAAACGUGAAGAGAUCAUCGAUUCUUAUAUAAAUAAAGCAACUAUAUUUAGCUUUGCUGGGAUAAGCCAUUUGUGGAGAAAUUUUUCUGCGCCUUUACAUAAUGCGCUUGCCUAUGGUCUUACACAAGUGCUUAAUUCAGAUGGUUUAAAGGAGAUAAGCAAAGAUAUUGGAAAUGAAAUUGAGAUUGAAGAAGUGAUAGAAAAUGGAAAAGAAACUGUUAAAGAAAUCAUAGACAUUGACAUGGAUGCUGGUAAAGAAAAUAUACAAGAAAAUGUUAAAGAACCUGUUAAGGAACCUGUUAAAGAACCCGUCAAAGAAAACAGUAGACUUAGACCAAGAAGAGAAAGAAAAACAACUACCAAGCAAUUUUAAUGGAACAUGUUAAAGCAAAAUUGUGAUGAUAUUUAUUUGUAACAAUACAAUUAAGACUGCCUUAUGAACAAAAAGUGAACCUUCAGCUAUCAUCGUUAUCAUCCUCAUCUUCUUCAUGAAGAUCGUAAACAUCAUUUAUUAUUAUAAUAAUAAUCAUCAUCAUCUACCAGUUAGUGUUAAAUGUUUGGAAUCUAUUGUUAUCAGUGAUAACAAGAGUAAAUACAACGAACAUCCGAUGAAUCAAUAAACGGGAAAAUGCCAAGUUACAUCAUCAAAUGAACAUUCAAAUCAUGAAAACUGAACCAAUUGUGGGAUUACAUUCAUCAAGGAAAAGAUAAUACUUGAAGAGAACCAAAAUCAUCAAAUGAAAUUUUUUUACAGGUAACACUUUUCCAGCAAUAAAGACUGUUUUUGCGUAUUUAUUCAGGACAAGUUGCCUAAUUAAAUCAGCUUGAAAACCAUUGCAAAAUUUUCCAGUUAAUUAUAUCUAACUAAGCAUAUUCUGAUAUUUUUGUCGAAUCAUUAUCACCAUUUCUAUUAAUCAAAUCAAGGUGAUUUAUCAAAACAUUAUCAAUAUAAAUUGCCACUUUUCGCGGUAAAACUGAUCAAAAUAUAUCACUUGCACUGGGCAAGACAGCCUUAAAUGUCCCUCGAUCUCUUUACUUUUGAUGAAACCCAAGUGAUUAAAUUAAAGAGUAAAAUGUAGUAAUUAAAUCGCAACAAUUUUCCUACCUGUAACACCUACUACUAAUUUUACCUUUUUUAUAUUCAUCAAUUGUCAUGAUUAAUUUACCUUGGAAAGUCCUUUAACGAAUGAACUUGUUCCAAUUGAUGAAAGUUUCAUCAUGAAGCUGUUUUUUUUUGUAAAUUGAAUAAAAGAUUUGUCAAUUAAACUUAA